AUGAGCGUUCGGGUAGUUGCACGUAUCCGACCCCUCCUCAAGUCGGAGCGAGAACUGGAUGUCAUCCUCCGAAGCGGCGCGAGCCAGACCGUCCCCGGCAAGACCGAGAAGAAGAGCUCCUCUGAGAAUGCGAAGUUGGCCGCCCUAAGGGAUAGGGAUACGUUGGUGCGGAUCCCGAACCCGAAGAACGAGAACGAGGAAUACUCCUUCCAGUUCAACGCCGUGUAUGACUCGGACGCCUCGCAGCAGGAGCUCUUCGACGCAGAGGUCGCACCUACGACUAAGCAUCUGUUCAAUGGCUUUGACGUCACGCUAUUUGCCUAUGGCGUUACGGGAACGGGCAAAACACAUACUAUGCGAGGUGGUAAAAGCCUGGCGGACAGAGGCGUGAUCCCCCGUUUUCUGAGCAGCAUAUACCGACGCAGUCGCAAGAUUGAAAGGGAUAGCGAGGGCGAGUCGACGGCUACGGUUUCUUUAAGCUAUUAUGAAAUCUACAAUGACAAGGUCUUCGAUCUUCUCGAGCCCCCGGAGAAGAGAACAGCUGCAGGUCUGCCGCUGCGAGACAACGGUGGGAAGACUGUAGUUGUAGGUCUGACGGAGAAGCCAUGCUCCAGCCUCAAAGAAUUCGAGGUUCUAUAUGACCAUGCAAACACCAACCGAUCGACAUCGGCAACCAAGCUUAACGCCCACUCGUCACGGUCUCAUGCCAUUCUUUGCGUCAAGGUCGUCAUCAAAACGGGUGACACGACUCGCGUGAGCACCGCCUCGGCCAUCGACUUGGCUGGCUCGGAGGACAACCGCCGCACAGACAAUGACAAGGAACGCAUGGUUGAAUCGGCCAGUAUCAACAAGAGCCUGUUUGUUCUAGCGCAGUGUGUGGAGGCGAUCAGCAAAAAGCAUCAGAGAAUUCCCUAUCGAGAAUCGAAGAUGACCAGAAUCCUGUCGUUGGGCCAGAACAAUGGAUUGACCGUGAUGAUCCUCAACCUUGCACCCGUCAAGUCCUACCACUUGGACACGCUCAGCUCGCUCAACUUCGCCAACCGCACGAAAAAGAUUGAAGUUCGCGAGGUGGAGAAUGAGCCGUUGUUCAAGGGACCCCCGAGACCAGCAAUGCGGCCUUCUUUUGCAAGCCAACGACAGCCUCUGCGGCCACUGACGGCCUCAGUGAAUGUGAACCUCGCUGCGAACAAGGACAAGGAAAAGGAUGCAACCAAACCCGGUGACGGCAAGCCUAUUAAGGCGUUCCAGGUUUUCUCUGACGGACCUCGCCCCAGGCUUUCCACGCAGUUCAAGAAACCCGAGAUCCCCCAACGGCCUUCUAUGUCCUUCGACUCCUCGCAUCCGCCUCGGUCUCUAAAACCUAGUCGCAUUGCGCAACCACCACCACCACAAAAGCACUACGAGGAUAUCUCCGCAGCCAAGAUCGAAGAGAUGGUGGAAAAGAAAGUUGAGGAGAUGCUAGCGGUCAGAGCAGUCAGCGAACAGUCCCGACAAACUCAAGUUCGUGAAUUAAACGAACAAGUGCAAAAACGCCUGGAACUUCUCGAGCAGCGCAUUGAGGGCAGCGAGGAUGCAAGGGCCGAGGGGCUGUCCUACCUGCUCAUGGGCAAACAACACCAAGGGCGCGGGGAAGACGCUUAUGCGCUGAAGAUGUAUCAGCUCGCACUUCCGUUCUUCCCCAACAACGAGAAGCUUGCGUCCAAGAUCACUACUCUGAAGGAGCGCAUUAUCCAGGGCAAAUCUCGACCCGACGCUGACCUCACAAGCGUAUCUGCCCCUCCGUCGGCCCAGAGAGGGCUUGGAAGUAUGCUAUCACUCAAGAAACAGCCUUCUAAGAUUGGCUCCAAGCGCCAAGCGCAUGACUUGGAUGAGGAUUAUGAAUGUCCUGGUGAUAGCACGCUGCAGCUGAGCGAUGAUGAUGAAAUCCGCGAGGCGUCUCACAUUAGACGCAAGAAGCGCACCAGGACCCAGUCCCCCAUUGAAGAGGAGCCAGAGGUUGACUGCGACGAAUCAACCCUCUCCCCUCGGACCAUCCAUAUUCUAUCGAUCAUCAACACCCGCGACGUCAGCCAAAUCAAACUGCUAAAAGGCGUCGGGGCCAAGAAGGCCGAGGCCAUCGUCGGCUGCCUGUGUGAAAUGGACCAGAACCUGGACUCUCACGCAGAAGAGUCCCGCGUCCAAAUCAACAGCCUAACAGAAUUGAGCAAGUUGAAGGGCGUUGGAGUGAAGACUGUGGAAAGCAUGAGAACCGGGAUUUUGAUAUAG